AACACCUUUGCCCAAGUGGGCACCACCAGUACGGCGGCCCUGCCGGGCUGGCCAGUCCGCUGGGCUGAGCUGGCGAAGAAUCCCUGACACAGCUGCUGGCCCUGUUCCAAGAGCAUCAGAGGCGCCCGGUUGCCCCAGGACCCCCCAGUCACACCCAGCCCACGGCCUUCCAGGGCGCUUGCUCAGACUCCCCUCGCUGGCGGACGCUAGGGCCAGGUCCCGCCAGGUGAGCGCCAGCAUCGUCAGCUGGUUCGUUCGGUCCUUCAAGUAUGUGUUUGGCCUGCGCUUCGAGGUCAAGGGCCGGCAGAAGCUGGAGGUGGACGGGCCCUGUGUCAUCAUCUCCAACCACCAGAGCAUCCUGGACAUGAUGGGCCUCAUGGAGAUCGUCCCUGCGCGCUGUGUGCAGGUCGCCAAGCGGGAGCUGCUGUUCCUGGGCCCCGUGGGCCUCAUCAUGUACUUGGCCGGCGUCUACUUCAUCAACCGCCAGCGCUCCAGCACCGCGGUGUCUGUGAUGACUGCCCUGGGCGAGCACAUGAUCAGGGAGAACCUCAAAGUGUGGAUCUACCCUGAGGGCACACGCAACGACAAUAGGGACCUGCUGCCCUUUAAGAAGGGCGCCUUCUACCUGGCCAUCCAGGCCCAGGUGCCCAUCAUCCCCGUGGUGUACUCCUCCUUUUCCUCCUUCUACGACCUCCGGACAAAGCUCUUCACCUCAGGUAGGAAGCAGGAGGUCAAAGGUCAAAGAGGCAGUGGGAGGAGCCAGGCUCUGAUCCCACCAAGGACACAGGGAGGAGAGUCUACCAGGUCGUCGUCACCUGACAGCGAAGGAACAAUACAGGUACAGGUUCUGGACGCCUUUCCCACGCGUGGCCUCACCGUGGCCGACGUCCCCAAGCUCAUCGACACCUGCCACCAGGCCAUGAGGGCUACAUUUCUGCAGAUAUCCACAUGGCCCCAGGAGAAUGGCCCCACGGUCCAGCCAGCCCAGUAGCCCAGCCACAGUGGGGUGGGGGCGGCAAGUGGACAGAGGGGACCCAGGCUGCUGAACACCACUGUGCCAGCUCCUGGCUCUCUCUAGCCUCGGCAGCUGGAAGCCCCAGCUCAAGGCCCCAACGUCCCCUCCAGAGUCUUCCCGACCCUGCCCAGCAGGGACCCCUACCCUCAAGCCCAUGCCUCCAGGAUCCAGAGGGGGCUGAGUCACCAAGCCCUGGGGCAGCCCAGGAGUGGCUGCAGUGGCUGCCUUGGGCUCUGGGCCACAGCCUGUAUCAGGCUUUCAGGGAGACGGGGCUCAGGCCGGGCCUCCCGGGCCACACUACCAGCCUCGAGGACUAUCUGCAGUACCCAAGCUGCACACGGCUCAUUUUUAUAAACAAACUAUGGGAA